AGAAAAAAAACCCAAUGUUUACGGCAUUGUCAAAAGCAUGGUAGAAAAUGACAAAUCCGAACAGCAGUCACCAUGAAAAGAUAGAUCCCUUCCUUGUCCUCCAAGCCUUGGUUGCAUUUAAACAAGUCAAAAGGGGGUCUCUUUGUUUACCUUGGAAACCAGAAUUCUGACGCUUCCGCUAUGGGUACCAAAAUCUUGACCUCUUCUAGCCAUGGCUUUGAGAAUGAAUGCAAAGAGAUUCAUGAUUCUUGGGGAAGGUUAAACCACUUGGUUCGAUCAUUGGCUGGCAGGUCCAAGCUUGAAAGGCAACAGAUUAGAGAGACUUACAAGGCCAUGUAUGGAGAAGAUAUGGUCAUUCUUCUCCAAAAGAUGCAAUCCCAAAACGGAUCAAAAGUAUGUGCAGCUAUAUAUAGGUGGAUGAUGGACACACAUGAACGUGAUGCUAUUGUUGCGAGGGAAGCUUUUGGAGAAGGUGAUGUUAACUACAAGGUUCUUGUUGAGAUUUUUGUCGGGCGAAAAUCAAGUCAUAUUCUUCUCAUCAAACAGGCUUAUUAUGCAAGAUUCAGAAGGCAUUUGGACCAAGAAAUUAUCAAUCUUGAGCCACCCCAUCCUUACCAAAAGAUUCUUGUGGCGUUGGCUACAUCACACAUGGCACACCAGGAGGAUGUUAGCCAGCAUAUUGCAAAAUGUGAUGCUAGGAGGCUAUAUGAAGCAGGGGAAGGGAGUUCACAGGGAGCCGUUGAAGAAGCUGUUGUGCUUGAGAUUCUGAGUAAAAGGAGCAUUCCACAGACGAAAUUGACCCUGUCUAGCUAUAAACACAUUUAUGGACAUGAGUACACAAAGUCGCUCAAAAAUGCAAAGUACAUGGAAUUUGAAGAUGCUCUUAAAGUAGUCAUGAAAUGCGUGUCCAAUCCACCUACUUAUUACGCAAAGGUACUGUAUACGAGUAUUAAAGGGACAACAGCAGACAAUGGUGCCUUGGCUCGUGUGAUGAUAAGCAGAGCUGAGGUAGACUUGCAUGAGAUACGAAGUAUUUUCAAGAGAAAGUAUGGGAUGGAACUGAAAGAUGCAAUAUGUGACAGAAUCCCAUCUGGGGAUUACAGAGAUUUUCUUGCUGCUAUAGCCUCGACCACUACUAUUAUUACAAGCCACAAUUCUGUUUCUCUCUAGUGGGUGGAGCUAUAUGUAACAAGAUUCUAAGUUUUAGCUUUUAUUGAUGUGCAAUUACCAGUAGGAACUUAUUGUACAUUUGAUUACUUUAUAACGUGAGGAACUAAGGAUCCAAAACA